CGAGAGGGGAGGCAGCGGCGGAUAAAUGCUAUUAGAGCAGCCGCCGCGGAGCCGUCCCCGACGCCACCUCCUUCUCCUCCGCCGCAGUUUCCUCCGCCGCUGUCGGGGGUGCGGAGCUGAGGGAAUAGGACGAGCGCGCCGCGCACCACCCUGCCGGCUCGCUGCCCUCGCUCCGUUCCGCCCUCAGGGGUCGGCCGCGCGCCCCCUCCUCCGGCCCGGGUGGGGCCGCGAAUCACCUCGGGAGAGCGGGGAGGGGGCUCUGGGGCCGCGGCCUGCGCUCCCGGUGGGCGGUUGAGGGCGAAAGAGGCCCUCCCUUCUGACGAGGGGAGGGAGGGUCAGGAGCCCCCCACCGCCCAGCUGAGCCAGGGGCGUGCGCCGGCGAGGGCCGGGCUGCGAGAGGGGCGGUUGUCUGGGGGAGGGGGCGCGGGGUGAUUCAGCGCCCGGCGAGGCGGAAGCGGCCGCAGGAGGAGGAGGAGGGGGGAGAGGCCAGUCAGCGCCUGGGCGCCCAGGGUGGCACGAGCCCGCGGCCCGAGUGCGAGGCGGAGGCGAGGAGGCCGCGGGGACUGGAGGCGAGGCCGGCCGGGCCCCCGCAGCCAUGGAGAACGCGCACACAAAGACGGUGGAGGAGGUGCUGGGCUACUUCGGCGUCAACGAGAGCACAGGGCUGAGCCUGGAGCAGGUCAAGAAGCUCAAGGAGAGAUGGGGCUCCAACGAGUUACCGGCUGAAGAAGGAAAAACCUUGUUGGAACUUGUGAUUGAGCAGUUUGAAGACUUAUUAGUUAGAAUUUUAUUGCUGGCAGCUUGUAUAUCUUUUGUUUUGGCUUGGUUUGAAGAAGGUGAAGAAACAAUUACAGCCUUUGUAGAACCCUUUGUAAUUUUACUUAUAUUAGUAGCCAAUGCUAUUGUGGGUGUAUGGCAGGAAAGAAAUGCUGAGAAUGCUAUUGAAGCCCUUAAGGAAUAUGAGCCUGAAAUGGGCAAAGUAUAUCGACAGGACAGAAAGAGUGUACAGCGGAUUAAAGCUAAGGACAUAGUUCCUGGUGAUAUUGUAGAAAUUGCUGUUGGUGACAAAGUUCCUGCUGAUAUAAGAUUAACUUCGAUCAAAUCUACUACUCUGAGAGUUGACCAGUCCAUUCUCACAGGUGAGUCUGUGUCUGUCAUCAAGCACACUGACCCUGUCCCAGACCCACGGGCCGUCAACCAAGAUAAGAAGAACAUGCUGUUUUCUGGAACAAACAUUGCUGCUGGCAAAGCCAUGGGAGUGGUGGUGGCAACUGGAGUUAACACAGAAAUCGGCAAGAUCCGGGAUGAGAUGGUGGCAACAGAACAGGAGAGAACACCCCUCCAGCAGAAACUAGACGAGUUUGGGGAGCAGCUUUCCAAAGUCAUAUCCCUUAUUUGCAUUGCAGUCUGGAUCAUAAACAUUGGGCACUUCAAUGACCCAGUUCACGGAGGCUCCUGGAUCAGGGGUGCUAUUUACUACUUUAAAAUUGCGGUGGCCCUGGCUGUGGCGGCCAUUCCUGAAGGUCUGCCUGCUGUCAUCACCACCUGCCUGGCUCUUGGAACUCGCAGAAUGGCAAAGAAAAAUGCCAUUGUUCGAAGUCUCCCUUCUGUGGAAACCCUUGGUUGUACUUCUGUUAUCUGCUCAGACAAGACUGGUACGCUUACGACGAACCAGAUGUCAGUGUGCAGGAUGUUCAUUCUGGACAAGGUUGAGGGGGAUACUUGUUCCCUUAAUGAGUUUACCAUAACUGGGUCAACAUAUGCACCUAUUGGAGAAGUGCAUAAAGAUGAUAAACCAGUGAAAUGUCAUCAAUAUGAUGGUCUUGUGGAAUUGGCAACAAUUUGUGCUCUUUGUAAUGAUUCUGCAUUGGAUUACAAUGAGGCGAAGGGCGUGUAUGAAAAAGUUGGGGAAGCUACAGAGACUGCUCUCACUUGCCUAGUAGAGAAGAUGAAUGUAUUUGAUACCGAACUGAAGGGUCUUUCUAAAAUAGAAAGAGCAAAUGCCUGCAACUCGGUCAUAAAGCAGUUAAUGAAAAAAGAAUUUACUCUCGAGUUUUCACGCGAUAGAAAAUCAAUGUCAGUUUAUUGUACACCAAACAAACCAAGCCGGACAUCGAUGAGCAAAAUGUUUGUGAAGGGCGCUCCCGAAGGUGUCAUUGACAGGUGCACCCACAUUCGGGUUGGAAGUACCAAAGUCCCUAUGACCCCUGGAGUCAAACAGAAGGUCAUGUCUGUCAUCAGGGAAUGGGGUAGUGGCAGCGACACACUGCGGUGCCUGGCUCUGGCCACUCAUGACAACCCACUGAGAAGAGAAGAAAUGAACCUUGAGGACUCUGCCAACUUUAUCAAAUAUGAGACUAAUCUGACUUUCGUUGGCUGUGUGGGCAUGCUGGACCCUCCAAGAAUUGAAGUGGCCUCUUCUGUGAAGCUUUGCCGGCAAGCAGGCAUCCGGGUGAUCAUGAUCACAGGGGACAACAAAGGCACUGCUGUGGCCAUCUGUCGCCGCAUUGGCAUCUUUGGGCAGGACGAGGAUGUGACGUCAAAGGCUUUUACGGGUCGGGAGUUUGAUGAGCUCAGUCCUUCAGCCCAGAGAGAUGCCUGCUUGAAUGCCCGCUGUUUUGCUCGAGUUGAGCCUUCCCACAAGUCAAAAAUUGUAGAGUUUCUUCAGUCUUUUGAUGAGAUUACAGCUAUGACCGGGGAUGGCGUGAAUGAUGCUCCCGCCCUGAAGAAAUCGGAGAUUGGCAUUGCCAUGGGCUCUGGCACGGCAGUGGCUAAAACCGCCUCUGAGAUGGUCCUGGCCGACGACAACUUCUCCACCAUUGUGGCUGCUGUCGAGGAGGGGCGGGCGAUUUACAACAAUAUGAAGCAGUUUAUCCGCUACCUCAUCUCUUCGAAUGUGGGGGAAGUUGUCUGUAUUUUCCUGACUGCAGCCCUUGGAUUUCCUGAGGCUUUAAUUCCUGUCCAGCUGCUCUGGGUCAAUCUGGUGACAGACGGCCUGCCUGCCACCGCACUGGGGUUUAACCCACCUGAUCUGGACAUCAUGAACAAACCACCCCGGAACCCGAAGGAACCACUGAUCAGCGGAUGGCUCUUUUUCCGUUACCUAGCUAUUGGCUGUUACGUUGGCGCUGCUACUGUGGGUGCUGCCGCGUGGUGGUUUAUUGCUGCCGACGGGGGUCCAAGGGUGUCCUUCUACCAACUGAGCCACUUCCUACAGUGUAAAGAUGACAACCCGGACUUUGAAGGAGUGGAUUGUGCAAUCUUUGAGUCCCCGUACCCGAUGACAAUGGCGCUGUCUGUUCUAGUAACCAUAGAGAUGUGUAACGCCCUCAACAGCUUGUCUGAAAACCAGUCUCUGCUGAGGAUGCCCCCUUGGGAGAACAUCUGGCUCGUGGGCUCCAUCUGCCUGUCCAUGUCGCUCCAUUUCCUCAUCCUCUACGUGGAACCUUUGCCACUUAUUUUCCAGAUCACACCGCUGAACUUGACCCAGUGGCUGAUGGUGCUGAAAAUCUCCUUGCCUGUGAUUCUAAUGGAUGAGACACUCAAGUUUGUGGCCCGCAACUACCUGGAACCUGGUAAAGAGUGUGUGCAGCCUGCCACCAAAUCCUGCUCGUUCUCGGCAUGCACCGAUGGGAUUUCCUGGCCGUUUGUGCUGCUCAUAAUGCCCCUGGUGAUCUGGGUCUAUAGCACAGACACUAACUUUAGUGAUAUGUUCUGGUCUUGACUGACAGUUUUACAUAAAGAAGAUGUUUAACUUAAUCAAUUAAUUUUUUUAUUGUUUAAAGCAACUGUCUAUUUCUGCUGAAUUUUCACAUGAACAUACUGGCUGGUGAAGGAGAUUUCAUACUCUAGAUUUUGUUUUGCUUUUUCUGACUCCAGUGGGGCAAGAUUUUCCUUUUUUAUACACAUAAUUAAAGUGUCCAUUGACAUGUACAGAGAACUAACACUAUUUUAUGCAAAUAUUUUUUUGUAGAUGAAAAAGCAUGUACAGUGUUCUGUUUAAUACUCAUCCUUGUAUAAAAAAAAUAGUUGAGCCAGCAGACAUUGUCAGCAAAUUAAUUGGCAGCAGAUUUUAGGAAAUGAAUGUGUGUGUUUUUUUUUCUAAAACUAAAUAGCAUGUAUUGUGUCUUCUGCAUGAUCAUCUGGAUUUAAUCUGAGAUCACAGUCUAAUUUUUAUUCAUAAGCCAAUUUUUCUGCACUGAGCAGAGUACUGCUACCUCAGUCAGUAUUUUUUGGUUUGCCACUCCCCUCACCCCCUGUGGCCCCCAUUCACUUCCACCCCCACCCCCCACACUCCCAGCCCCGCUCGGCUGCUUCUCCUGUAGGGUUUUGAUGGUUCUGUUUACAUCAGUCUUAACAAGAGGUAUGCCUGUUCUCGCUUGUGCAGAAAACAUUGUUCCAGAUACAAUCGACUGGGUUCAUGUCCCCCCACGUAGUUUUUAAGGUUAUUUAUUUAAAUGUCUAAUGUAUUUUAUUGUAACAGACAUUGUUUUGCCAACAUUGCCUAUUUCAGUGGCACUUCACAAUCUAGUUUAAAAGGAAAAUAAAACAUUUUAAAUGGACAGAAAAAUAACUGUCUUGUUUUUAACUUUUAAGUGGCUUAGCUUGAACUAUCUAACAGCCGUGUCCAAUUUUCUCUUAAGUUCUUAGCUCAGAACUUUAGCUUUACUGUGCUCUAGGGGAAGAAAGAUCCUGUUCUGCUGCAUAGGUAGUUGUAGGAGUUCAUGUAUAUGUACCAGUUGUCAUCUGUGAUACUUUUUAUGCAAGUUUCUGCUGGCCUGUUGUAGCCUGGUGUAGAGAACAUAAGGGCGCGUGCGUGCGUGUGUGUGUGUUUUUGUAAAAUCUGUAAAUAGCACAUGACCAAAUGAACAUAUUGUAUAGAACUAUUUUUAUUUGAAUGUGGCACUAACCAACACCAUGUUACUAUGAUAAAUGUUUGCGCAUGUUCGAGAUCAGUCUUACCAACAGUGUGUAAGCCAUUAACUGUCCUAACUAUGGUGUUUUCCUCCAAUGCCUUCCAACAUCAUCAACUAACGUGAGUAUUCCCUGGAAUCCAGAUGCUUUAGCCUAAAGGUGACUGCCACCGAGUGAGCUAGCUGUGUGACAUGAAAAAGCCCCUUGUGUCAUGCACUGCUGUGCUCUGUGACAGUCUCUGAGUGCAGCAAGUGUACGAUGCGUGGUACCUGUGCACACGGGGCCUGGGUUAGCUGACGCGAGGUGUGACAUCUGUAGGCUCCAUGCGCUGCCUUAGUCAGUGGCACAGUCGGAUGUCAGGGAGAGCCUGGGGAGAGAGAAGCUCGUUUUGCUUUGGUCCAACUUACAGGCUGAGAGAAUGCUGCCUUUGCUAAUGCCAAGAUGAGGACUCUCAAAAACUUGUGGUUCUUUGGUCUUUACUAGCUGCAAGGAUUCAUCCAAGAACCUUGCUACCUGGUUCAUUAAAAAGCAAAAAUCUAGUGAAAGCAAAUAGUUGAACCAGUCAGUUCGUGUAUCCAAUAGGUUGGUCUCAAGUAGGCCACCUCUUUUCACCUUCUGGAUCCUAUCCUUUGCAGCUGGGACUUGUCUUCUCUCUCUCCAGGGUACGUUAAAGCAGAGUUAUUUAGGGCAUGGCUCUGCUAGCAACCAGCCUUGUCCGUGAGCCAGGGCGAAGGAGGCCUAAGCAGGAGCUCCCUCCCCAUGAGGCCCUGAGUGUUCCUGUGAAGGCUCUGGAGGCCCAGAUUUGGGACCAGCCAAAAGAUGUGAUGUAAAGGCUUCCAGUUUGGGGGAGAGUUGGUGGGAAUCCUCAAGCGGGGCAGGGUACUGCCAACUUGCAAGGUCCGAGUGUAAGGGGACAGAAGUCCCAUCCUAACUGCAUGAGGUCUCUGAGAAAGGGAGGUUGGUCGGUUUGGCAGAGCGUGUAACAGGGAAGAGGAUGGGUUUUGCCAGUUUCGGCAUCAUGAGGCCUAAAAAGGACCAAAUGCAAGGAGUGUGCCUUGGCUGCAAACCAGAACAGGAUGUCUGAGCUUGUUGGGUGGUGUGCUAUUCAAUGGAAACCAAACUUACCCAAUAGUCAGCUUUUCCUGACUUGGUUCCUCGAAGUAGUAGCCUUUACAAAAGAAGUUAAAUGUUGUUUGCUGCUGUCGGAGAAAUACACAGCUCCAGAUCAGCCUGGGCGGGCUGUUGCCUUGUGGUUUCUCAGCUUCAGGCCCAUCCAGCCUGGAGGCAGUUUCAGCACCCGCUUCCCUCAGCCCAGGCAGCUAGGAGCAUCCCCUUGUGCCCUCUGCUUCAGGCUUUGCCACAUCAGCGCCUCCUCAGCAGUUGUACUGUUGUGGACGCAUCCAGGGCCUCGGGCCUCCCACAGUGAGGGGCAGGUGCCCAGACCAGACCCAUCCUCACCCAGCACCUGCAGGAAAUUCCCAGGCGGCCUCUGCUUUUGCCACCAUCAGUACUGGUGUCCUUUUCAGACCUACCAGAACUUGUUCGUGUUCUCACCAAUGGGCAGGUAGGCCUUGCACGGCUUCUUGGUUAGGCCUUUGCCUAAAAGAUGGCGACAUCACACAUCCUCCAGGCGCUCAUCUGCACAGUGCAGGUGAUACUUUCUAUAGAGAGCUGCGUGAGCUCACAGACAAGCAGGGCGAGUGCCAGCCUCCCCGCAAGCAGCUGCUAUCACAUCACCCUCAGACAGGGGCCUCAGCUCCCUGAAUGUCCUUUAGGUGGCAGACCUUCUGGAAUAUGAGACCACAGGCAUUAGCUCGGGGUCUGUAAAACGGCUCCCCACUGCCUAGAGCCAGAGGGGUCUGCAGCGCCCAUGGGCUAAGUCGGCCAAAUCAGCUGUUGCCUUUUUAACAUAACCACCAAUUUUGUCAAAGCCACCACCGCUCAGCCAGCCACAGGAAUGGGGUGGGGAGGAAGGGGAGGUAGAGGCUUCGCACUCAGCCGCACUGCUCGCCUGUGUGUCACCCUCCUUACUGUCCACACUGCUAACCGAGAAUUCUUUCCCCUCUUGCCCAUUGCCCUUCCGUGUCUGAAGCAAGAAUGUGUCUGCCUGGUGGGGUUCUUCCAUGAGCCAGGGUGGCCUUUGCUCUGUAGCCAGGCGACAUGAAGGGUUUGUACCAAGCCAGUGCUUCUGGCUGCUGCCUGAUGUAGGCAGCACCUCAGGGACAGUUAAUCAGAAAUGCUGGUCUUGAAAUCUUAAAAAAAUCAAACUGAACAUUCCUUUUCACCAUUCCUUGUCACUAUUAAUCUUAAAUGGUUAUUCUAACAUUUCCUCCCCAUAUUUCAUAAAGCUGAUUUCCUCUCUCUUUCCUUUUCAGCAAUACUGGAGUAACCGCUUCCUAAACCAUUUUGCAGAAAUAUAAGGGUGUUCGGUUGCGUGCAUGUGCGUUUUUAGCAACACAUCUACCAGCCCUCUGCAUGAUUGAUGUUGGGGGAAAAAGAAAAGUAGAAAAAAGUCCCCAACUCAUUGUGUGUUAUGUGGAGGAAACGUGUAUUACCAACGGGUUUAGCUUUUAAAUCAAAAUAAUUACAAAUGUACAAUUUAGCUUAAUGAAUCAGAAAGCCUCUCCAGCGAACUUUGGUUUCUUUGCUGCAAGAAGACUGAGGUUUUGAAACCUUAUCUAAGAACUUAGAAGCCAUCAGCCAAGUCUCCAUAUUUCUCUGUGCAAAAUGUCAUAGCUUAUAUAAAUGUACAAUAUUCAAUUGUAAUGCAUGCCUUCAGUUGUAAGUAGCUAGAUUUCUCUAUGGUGUCAUUUAAACAUGCUACUUUUUAAUUGGCUCUGUACAGUUUGCUUAUUUAUAAAUUUAUUGAAAACACUGCAGGUGUUGAAAGGUUAAAACGUAGGCCUCCAGUUCAUAACUUCAGUUAUUUUUUUUGAGUGUGCAAACGGCUAUUUUGCACUGUAUUAAAUGUAACUUAUUUAAUGAAAUCAGAAGCAGUAGACAGAUGUUGGUGCAAUACGGAUAUUGUGAUGCAUUUAUCUUAAUAAAAUGCUAAACGUCAAUUUAUCACAACGCAUGUUUGACUUUAGACUGUAAAUAGAGAUCAGUUGUUUAUUUCUGUGCUGGUAUAGCAACAAGCAUUGCACAGACAUGGUUUCAGGUAAAUAAAUCUAUUCUACGAUAA